CCAACACCACAAAGUACACCGCAUUUUGCCGCUCUUUAAAUUAAAACCCUCUCCCAAUUUCUUCUAUUCUGCCUUCUCUUCUCCCCCAAUUCCUUCUCUUCUUCAAUUCCUCCCUCCCUCCCUGUCUAUCUAUCUGUCUAUUCUCCUUUGAAAGAUAGAUAUAGAGACAGUAUUUUGGUAUAAAGCUAACUAUUCGCGACGCAAUUCGUGCCGUUUCGAGAAAUGGGGCAGCCAUCGGUGCCGCCUCCUCCACCUUCGGCCCCUACGCCGCCGCCACCGCCACCGCCACCGCCCCCCUCCUCGGCAUCGCUCGCAGCUGGCGCUGGCGGCGGCGGAUGCCAAGUCCGGUGCGCCGGCUGCCAUACGGUCUUGACGGUGGGGCCCGGAUUGACGGAGUUUGUUUGCCCUACCUGCCAAUUACCUCAGAUGCUUCCACCGGAGCUUUUGCGGCCGCCGUCCCUGAGAACCGUGCCGGCUCACGGUAUUGAUCCCACCAAAAUCCAACUCCCUUGCGCGCACUGCAAGGCCAUUCUCAACGUUCCUCACGGGCUCUCUCGCUUCGCUUGCCCUCAGUGCGGUGUCGAACUCGCCGUUGAUGUCUCCAAAUUGAAGCAGUUCUUGCCUCUUCAUCCUCCACCGCCUCCUCCACCCCCUGCCGAAGAAGUCAACGAGGUAGCAAUUGAAGUGGAACGAGAAGAAGAUGAAGGUGGCACAGCAGGGGAAACAUUUACAGACUAUUGCCCUUCGAGAUUAUCUAUUGGUCCACCCCAUCCAGAUCCUAUAGUGGAGACAUCUUCCUUAUCUGCGGUCCAUCCACCUGAACCAACAUAUGAUCUUAAAAUCAAAGAUGACCUAGAAAGUUCAAAAGCAUUGUCAUGCUUGCAGAUUGAGACAUUGAUUUAUGCUAGCCAGAGGCACCUUCAGCACCUUCAGAAUGGUGCCAGGGCUGGAUUUUUUGUUGGAGAUGGAGCAGGUGUAGGCAAAGGAAGAACAGUUGCAGGGUUGAUCUGGGAGAACUGGCACCAUGGGAGGAAGAAAGCAGUGUGGAUUUCAGUUGGCUCAGACUUGAAGUUUGAUGCUAGGAGAGACUUGGAUGAUGUUGGUGCAAUGUGUAUGGAAGUGCAUGCUCUGAACAAGCUGCCUUAUUCUAAACUUGACUCAAAGGCUGUGGGGGUUAGGGAGGGAGUUAUUUUCUCCACAUACAGUAGCCUUAUAGCAUCUUCUGAGAAAGGUCGUACUAGAUUGCAGCAACUUGUGCAGUGGUGUGGACCAGAAUAUGACGGUCUUCUCAUAUUUGAUGAGUGCCACAAAGCCAAAAAUUUGGUGCCUGAAGCUGGAGGGCAACCAACACGAACAGGUGAAGCAGUUCUGGAGAUUCAGGAUCGACUUCCUGAAGCUCGUGUUGUUUAUUGCUCAGCAACUGGUGCUUCAGAACCUCGCAACAUGGGCUAUAUGGUUCGACUUGGUCUUUGGGGAUCUGGAACAUAUUUUCCAAAUUUCCAAAACUUUUUAGGUGCUCUAGAAAAAGGAGGUGUUGGAGCAUUAGAACUUGUGGCCAUGGACAUGAAAGCAAGAGGGAUGUAUGUAUGUCGGACACUUAGCUAUAAAGGGGCAGAGUUUGAAGUUGUUGAAGCACCAUUAGAGGCCAAAAUGGUGGAUAUGUAUAAAAAAGCUACAGAGUUUUGGGCAGAGUUGCGAGUGGAAUUGCUGUCAGCAAGUACAUAUAUUUCCAUUGAGAAGCAAGUGUGGCGAUUAUACUGGGCAAACCAUCAGCGUUUCUUUAGGCACAUGUGUAUGUCGGCAAAGGUGCCUACUAUUGUGAAACUUGCUAAACAAGCAUUGAUGGAAAAUAAAUGUGUGGUGAUUGGCCUCCAGAGUACUGGGGAGGCGCGGACUGAGGAAGCUGUGACGAAAUAUGGUACUGAACUUGAUGACUUUAUUUCGGGGCCUCGUGAGCUGUUGCUGAAAUUUGUUGAAGAUAACUAUCCUUUGCCUGAUAAGCCUGAAUCCCUUUCAGGAGAGGAAAGUGUCAAGGAACUUCAGCGAAAGAGGCAUGUAGCAACACCUGGGGUUUCAUUCAAAGGCAGAGUCAGGAAAGUUGCUAAAUGGGAGGGUCCAAGUGAUGCUGAAAGUAAUGAAGAAUCUGAAUCUGACUCUGAAAAUGAAUCUACUGAAUCUGAUGAUGAAUUUCAGUUCUGUGAAAUUUGCAAUUCUGAAGAGGAAAGGAAAAUGUUGCUCCAAUGUUCCUGCUGUGGUCAUCAUGCUCAUCCUGCUUGUUUAGUCCCUCCUUUGCUAAAUACGGUUUCUGGUGAUUGGUCCUGCCAUUCUUGCAAGGAGAAGACUGAUGAAUAUCUUGAAGCGAAACAUGCCUAUGUAGUAGAGUUGUUGAAAAGGUAUGAAGGAGCUUCGGAGCGCAAGUCAAAAAUUCUUGAGAUAAUUCGCUCUCUGGAUCUCCCAAAUAAUCCGUUAGAUGACAUUAUUGAUCAGCUUGGAGGGCCUGAUAAAGUUGCAGAAAUCACGGGGAGACGAGGCAUGCUUGUGAGGGCCUCUGACGGAAAAGGCGUCACUUAUCAGCCCCGCAACACCAAGGAUGUGACCAUGGAAAUGGUCAACAUGCAUGAGAAGCAGCUCUUCAUGGAUGGUAUGAAACUGAUUGCAAUCAUUUCUGAAGCUGGUUCUGCUGGUGUUUCUUUGCAAGCAGAUAGAAGGGUGGCAAAUCAGAGAAGAAGAGUGCAUUUAACUCUAGAAUUGCCUUGGAGCGCUGACCGAGCCAUUCAACAAUUUGGAAGAACUCAUCGAUCAAAUCAAGCUUCUGCACCUCAGUACAGGCUACUCUUUACUAAUCUUGGAGGUGAGCGCCGAUUUGCGUCCAUUGUUGCCAAGAGAUUACAGUCUCUUGGAGCAUUAACACAGGGAGACCGUAGGGCUGGACCAUCUUUAAGUGCUUAUAAUUAUGACAGUUAUUAUGGGAAAAAGGCUCUGACGGUGUUUUAUAGAGGAAUCAUGGAGCAGGAUCCUUUUCCAGUUCUACCUCCAGGUUGUUCAUCUGACAAUCCAGAUACUAUUCAAGAGUUCAUUCUCAAGGGAAAAGCUGCUCUUGUCUCCGUUGGAAUUGUUAGAGACUCUGUUUUAGGUACUGGGAAGGAGUUGGGGAAGAUUACUGGGCGCAUUGUGGACUCGGACAUGCAUGAUGUGGCACGUUUCCUCAAUCGGCUACUGGGGCUGCCUCCGGAAAUUCAGAAUAGGCUCUUUGAGUUAUUUGUGAACAUUCUUGAGCUUAUAAUUCAGAAUGCACGUAUAGAGGGCCACUUUGACUCUGGCAUUGUUGACGUGAAAGCUAACAUUAUUGAACUACAAGGGUCUCCAAAGACUGUUUAUGUUGAUAAUAUGUCUGGGGCGUCCACUGUACUAUUUACUUUAAAGUUGGAUCGUGGCAUCGCAUGGGAGUCUGCCUCUGCCUUGCUUGAUGAGAAGCAAAAAGAUGUGCUUGGUUCACCUAGUGCUGGAUUUUAUGAGUCUAAAAGGGAAUGGCUGGGAAGAAGACACUUCGUUUUAGCAUUUGAAGGUUCUGCUUCUGGAAUGUACAAGAUAUUCCGCCCUACUGUCGGUGAGGCACUAAGGGAGAUGCCUCUAGUGGAACUCAAUAACAAGUAUAGAAAAAUUUCUUCACUAGAGAAAGCUCAUAAUGGAUGGGAGGAUGAAUAUGAAGUUUCAUCGAAGCAGUGCAUGCAUGGCCCCAAUUGUAAGCUCGGCAACCAUUGUACAGUUGGCAGGCGUCUUCAGGAAGUAAAUGUCCUCGGCGGCCUCAUACUUCCUGUCUGGGGCACUAUAGAGAAGGCCCUAGCUAAACAGGCCCGCCAAAGCCAUAAACGAGUUAGAGUGGUGCGUGUAGAGACAACCACUGACAAUCGUAGAAUCGUUGGGCUUCUCAUUCCAAAUGCAGCAGUUCAAUCUGUGCUUCAAGAUUUAGCAUGGGUUGAGGAUAUUGAAGAUUGAGUACAGGGAGAGUACAGAAAUCGUUUUUUGUUCCAACUGAAGACUGGCACCCAUUUUGUUAAUACAUGGUAUGGAUAAGCUCACCCCCUCCCCACCCAAUUUAUAACAGAACAGAACAGACCAGCAUUGAACAUACAUAUAGAGUGAAAGGAAAAUAGUUGAAGCUGGAACCUUUUGGGACAAGUGUCCAAGUGAAGAACGGAAUAGAAAGAGAAACGCUCUCAUUCUCCAUGUGCAGGCUCAUUACUGUGAGCGCGUAUUUAUCUUUUGAUCCAAUUUUUUGACUUCAUAUAUAUAUAUAUAUAUAUAUAUAUUUGUCUUACUAGCUGCUAGACUAAAUCAGGGAAGCCAUUUUGCAUUUACUUUGUUUCACCAUUCCAAAACAUGUAUCCCAAUUACAAUGCUUAUCCCCUCCCCCCCGGUUGUAUAGCUGAAGUAUAGAGUCGCCUUCGGUUCAAAAUUCUGUACACACACCCAAUAUGGUUUAUGUGUCAGAAUUUACUGAUUAUACACCCAACCACAGAGGAUGGUUCUUCAAUUGCACUAAACAAACCAAA